CCGCUUGUUUUUUCUCCCAAGUUGCAUGCACGCCAAAACACACGCUUACACGCUGCUGCCAGGGCUGCUGGUGAAAAGCUUCAACAAGUCGGGGUGUGCUGGACACAGAGAGCCACACAGCAGAGCCCGUCAGCCAGAGAGAGAGCGCGCGCGCGAGAGGGAGAGAGAGAGAGAGAGAGAGAGAGGGGAUCUGGCCAUAGCGAAUGGUCCUUCUUGUGUUCUAGCUGGAGGAGACCUUCCUGGGGAUCUAUCAAUGACUUCUUUGUUCGGUGUGUUGCAGAGCGGGCCCUCGUUCAGCCCCCUGGAAUCGCCCUCCGACUUGCAGCAGUACGCCUCGUGUAAGUCGGGGCGCAGCGAGGUGGAGCAGGACAGGGCGUCGCCCAGCAGCGAGGGGGGCGGGGACAACGACCGCCAUGUUUACAAGAGCGUCCUGGAGGGCGGCGACAUCCCCCUGCAAGGCCUGCGCGCCCUCAACAAGCGCCACACAAGCUCCUCCUCCUCCAAAGGUAGAAGCCCCCCCGUGGCCGCGCACACGCCGCCGGGCAACGAGGACGAGCUGGAGCUGAAGGAGGGGGACCUGGUCAGCGUCAUGGAGAAGUGUGACGACGGCUGGUUUGUCGGUACGUGCUCGCAGGGCUUCCCCGUACGCUGUCGCUACACGCCAAAGGCAGAGGGUUGCUCGCAGGAGUGUACAUCCAAGAGGACGAAACAGUUUGGAACCUUCCCGGGGAACUACGUGAAGGAGGUCAACUUGUAA